GAAAACGAAGAAGAAGAAGGAGAGAGAGACGGAAUUCAUUCAUCCAUCUUCGUUUUCGACAUCUCCGUUCGAAUUGUCUGCUACUUGAUUUGAGGCAUUGCAUUGAACUCGAAAAACCGGCGAAGAGAAAGUUCCAAUUUUUCCGGCGAAGGCGACCUGAGAAACAUCCGGCGAGAUACCAACCUUCGAGAUGGCUGGGAAUAAACCAAACGACGUAGUCUCUAGGAAGAAGCAUACGCAGGAAGGCCCCGAGAAGGACAAGGUGGAACUCAGAGUAUCCCCGAGGAGGAAACUCCCUCCGAGAAAUCCGCCGGAGGAAUUGGGCAGUACAAGCGUGGCUCCGACUGAAGAUCUUAUAGUUGAAGAGUUACCACCUAGACUCUUUGCCCUAGACCGGUACCCUGUCAAGACGAAGAUGAACGCGUACUCCAAACCGGAGUACCUUUCUGACAUAGCACAAGUUCUUAAGGGAAAAGAGGAGAUGAAGUUUCUUCUCGAGUCUCCAUUUGGGGACCUUUUUAGGAUACCUGCUAACAAGUCUUCCUUCUCAGGUAAACUUGUUCUUGGACUAAUAUGUCGUCAGUUAGUGACGAGUAAAGUGAAUGAGAUGUGGAUGGUCUUCGGCGGUCAUCCAAUAAAAUUCGGAUUAAGAGAAUUUAGUCUGGUAACUGGUCUAGAAUGUGGGACAUAUCCCAACAAGAAAGACGUGACGGAUGUGCUAAAGGUUAAAGCUGGUAGUCAAAGUGUCUGGAAAACUCUGUUUGAGGAGAAGUUUGGGGAGAAGCCGAAUCCAACAGUGCAUGAUUUGGUGGUCUGGCUGAAGGAGGAGGAAACCAUGGAUGGGUGGAAGCAGCUGGCCUUAUCUCUUAUAAUCUUGGUAGAUGGUGUGAUAGGGUGCCAUAAUAACCCCAUAAGGCUUUCUGAGUUCACUGUUGAGAUGACGAAGGACGUGCAAUUCUUCUGCAAAUACCCUUGGGGAAGGGUGUCUUUUACCCGUACUUUGGAGAGGAUAGCAAAAUUCCAAACCCCUUCAGAUGCUCAAAAACUGAUAAGGUGUGUAAAGGAUGGGUCUUAUGCACUACAUGGAUUCCCAUUAGCACUCCAGCUGUUUGCGUUCGAAACAAUCACAUCCCUUGCUAAGCUAGUACCUGAUGAUGAAGCUAACAGGACAUUUACUCAGAGGUCUAUCCAUCAUCUUGCCUCACUGCGGGCAAUCAGGACAUCCAGCAUCUUGGAGUGUGAGGCUGCUGAAGAGGUUGAGGUAACCUAUCUUGUGAAACCAGAGGACAAUAUUUUUCCUCCAUCCCUGUCAUGGGAUGAUGAAGUUGAGGAUCCAAGAAUUGCUUACAUUGAGCGACUGUUGUUAGCUGGUCAUGAGUGGAAGGAGGAAGAAUGGGUUGGAGGUUAUGCUGCAUUUCCAAAGCAGGAGCGCCCACCACAACUUGGAGAGAUACGUGUGAAGAAGAGGAAAAGAAAUGUACCAGCCCCGAAUGCACCUGCUUUGAAAAAACAGAAAUCUGUUGUGGAAGAAGAAAAUGAGGACACUGCUGAGGAUUGUUUUGAAGAUCCCCAGUUUGAGAAGUUUGUAGUUGAACUUAGGAGGUGUUUCAAGAGGCAGGAAGCACAAAAUAAACAAAUGCAAGAAGACUUGAAGAAAUUUGUCCGUAAGGAGAUACGUGCUGCCUUAGAUCCAAAGGGCAAAAAGACAGAACCAACCAAAACUUCCCAUGCUUCACAGGGCCCAAAUAAAUCGGUGGUUAAGGCACCGAUGAGUGUGAAGAAGGCAUCUAAAAGGAUGUCUACAAAGAAAGUCUUCAAGUCUGGAACAAGAAAGUCUUCAAGGCUGAAGAAUAUAAUGACGUCAGUUGCGGAGAUUACUCAGCUUUCUGAUGGUAACUCUUCUUCUGAGGAAGAUGACCAGGAUGAAGCCAACAAUGAAGGUGGUUUUACUGCAAAUGAUGGAGGAGAUUUUUCGAACAGAGAUGAAGAUAUGGUUGACACUGGAGUAGCUAACAUUUCAGUUGGUGGACCUACACCUUCCCAUCAGGAUGAAGGAGCACGUGAUGGUGGUGAGUCUGUCCUUGUUGGUACACAGUCAGGGACCGAGGAAAAAGCUAGUGCUGACACAGAGAUGGAAGAAAUUCCAUCUCCUGUACCUUCAACCUCUGUACAGGAUAAAGGACCAAAUGAUGGUGGUGAGCCUGUCGUAGUUGGUACACAGCGAGGGACAGAUGAAAAACCAACUGCUGACACAGAGAUGGUAGAAAAUCCAUCAGGUUUACCUGCAACAUCUGGACAGGGAGAAGAACAUGGUGCCGGUCUUGAGAGUGAAGCAAAUAUUGGGGAGCAACCAGAAAUUUCUGAGGAUAAUGAUAGAGAUACAUCUUCUCAGGCUGAACACACCGAGGAACCCGGUGUAAGUGUUGAUGCGGGAGAUGUACCCAAUGUAGUUGCAGAGAGUAAAGUGGAUGACUCAGUACUUGAGGGCACCCUAGGGGAUCCCCCUUCACCAUUUGCAGUAGUUAAGAAUGUGUUACAGGAGUUGGCAACGAAAGCCUCCAUGGAUGUGGAUGCAGCUAAUGUAAAGGAGGUAAAGGGUGGAGAUAUUUCGCUCAAGGUGUACUGCACAUGCACCAUGAUGAGCUUUCGGAUAAACCACACUGAGGCCUUUAUAUAUUGAAGAAUGUCUGUCCGAUACAAUCAUUAAAUCUUCACUGUCUGGAACAAUGUCAGCUAAUUUAUCAAAGAACCACACCCAUGAAGCGUCAGUCUCACCAUCCACAACACCAAACGCUAUUGGAAAUAUUUGGAAGUUCCCGUCUUGGGCACAUGCAAUGAGGAGACAUCCCUUGUAACGUCCUACUAGCUGUGUUCCAUCUACGACAAUUACCUUCCUCAUAUACUUCAGACCUUUUAUAGAAGCCCCGAGAGAUACAAAAACAUACUUAAAGCGCUGCGUACCAUCAGCUUCAGGUGUAGAGUGUAGGUGAGUUAUCGUACCCGGAUUAGCUAAUUUAAGAAGAUACAAAUAGGUAGGCAAAAACCUGUAACUUUUUAUAUCAUCCCCCCUUACAUUUUCCACUGCAACCUCUUUAGUUCUCCAAGCGGUAGAAUAUGAAAUCCGAACAUUGAGAUCAUUUAGGAGCAACUGUGGUAAAUCGACAGCUCUCGGACCCCCUUGCGUAGAACUGUAUCUGCUCUUCACUACCUCUCCGAGAAGCUUAUAACUAGCAUGUUUAUUAUAAUUCUUACGAGUGUCGAUGUCACACGUAUGGGUGGUAUCAUACGAUGUGAUUUUGAAACAUUCUGAAUUCUUGACAACUUGAGCUGUCAAAUGCCAUGGACAAGUAUCAUCAACGCAGACCAUCUCCAAUCUUGUAGGACAUGACCUACGUUGCUUGUAGCAAAAGCAUUGUUUGAUUGCGAGAUAAGACAUUGUUUGUUGUAUGACUUUUCUGUUCUUAAAAACACUCCCGACAUACAAAGUCUCACAUGUCGUACUCAGUUCGACUUGUGUCUCAUCAUCUCGUAAAUUGGCUAAAUCAUCGAAUACCGGAGCAGCAUCAUUAUCGAGAAUCUCCAACUCGCCACCAUGUAAUGUAGAAAAGUCAUUAUACACUUCGUAAGCCUCAGCUGCGGUAACUAACCGAUUAUCAUUCAGUGUCCCACUUGCGGAAGCUCCAAUACCACGGUCGAUAGUGACUUCGUAUAUACCAUUAAUAUUGGUAUCCGUGUUACCUUCGCAGCCUGUAUCUUGUACACACUCUGUAGUGUACGUACAUUGGUACAAACCAUGUUGACACGUACGUCUUGGAGUCACCGUUGGUGUACGGUCACCCGAAUGAGAAAUGUUAUCU